AUGGGCAACGCGCUUUCCGGAAUCUCGCCGACCACAGCUGCCGAGGGAAGCCGCGUAUCCGCCGCCACGCUGCUCUCACGCAUGCAGCGCGAACGACACACCUUGACUGACAUGGAGGUCGACAUCAUCGCAGCACACCUGGACGCCGGGGAGCCAGAAACAUUACAGGACGACAGCACUGCCGGCGAGUAUGUCUCCGCUGAGUUUGCCUUCGGCGAGGAGCGUAGCAUGGCCCCGGUGACCGGAGUGGGGGAGCACGCGGCGCUCGAGCAAUUCGACCCGACUCUACAGGAACAGGCCUUUCGAUUCGUCAAGUCAGAUCACCGGAUCGAGCGACGCCUUCGCCGCUCACGCGCGUGGGUAUCCGUCGCGGGCGUGGCCCUUCGAUUCUUCCCGCACCAGCUGUACGCCGCAUUCUGGCUCUUGGUGUACGAACGAGGGCCGCGAAGGGGAGCUAUUCUGGCCGACAGUAUGGGACUGGGCAAGACGACGACCGCCUACCUGUACAUCAUCCUCAACUAUCUCCUCGCGCACAAUCUAGAUCAUAUUCGACAACACCCGCGUAUGCAUUGUCAGCCUUCCGCUCCGGGUCGUCCACAAGCGGUCGAUGCCCGCUGUCCUGUCUCGCAUUUUUUCGGCGUCGAGUGUGCUUGUCAAGAGUAUUCGGUGGCCUCCCGCUUGGGCCUCUCAGCUCGCAAUGGCGCGUCCCUGAUUCUACUACCGGCCGGCCUCAUUGGCGUCUGGGUAUCCGAGUUCGUCAAGCUGGGUCUGUCCCCGCGCGUGAAUCUCCGACUCUAUGUCCAGCACCGCAGCUUUGCCUCCAGUGGAAUUCCGACCUCGCAAACUCAUCUUCUACACCGUGACCCUGGCUCGACCCAGGACGUUCGCGCCAAUCAUUUUGUCGUGUUGACCAGCGUCGAAUCUUACCAUGACUGGGUCCAAGAGUACUGUCGUCGCGGCCGCCCAAGUGGGCUCGAUCAGGACGCCGGGGGAACGAGCGUUGCGGUCCGCUCGCGCGGUCUCCGAUGGGCUCGAGUUUUGCGCGACGAGGCACACCUCACGCCGAAUCUCAACACGAGGCUGUACUCAAUCCUCGAGGUGCUGGCCCGGGACGCCGACAUACCCCCGAAUUUUGUGGCGCUGACGGGGACACCCAUGCUCCGGGGAGGUGUCCGGGACAUGCUGGCGUUGGUCCACGUCAUCAACCAAGUCUCCCCUGAGCUCAAGAACAGCACCGAGCACGCGGGCUUUGUUCAGCUAUCCCAGCUGUCCCGGAUCGCAGACGACUUCCUCAAUGCCCAAGUCCGCGUGGACAGCGGCUCGGAGGCCGUGGUCGGCACCGUGCGGCGCCUGCUCGUCGCCUACUGCAUUCGACGGCAUGCACACUCCUUGCAAAACGGCAAGACCAUCGCACGCAUUCCCCCACUCAUCUGCUACGACGUUUCCUGUCCGUCUGACGAACACGCCGACGCGCACUACCUGUGCCGGGCAGAAUCCAUGCUCCGGAAGCACCUGUCACGGGCGCUCGAAACGCAACGCGACCGUUGGCUCGCCGAAGGAGGUUCUCCGUCUCAAUUUCGCGUCGACGUUGACCUCCUGCUCGAGAACGUACGCAUGGCACGGAUCCUCGCGACCAUGCCGGCCCUGGCCCACUACGGACCUCGAGGCGAGCUCACGUGGAAUGCCGUCAAGAGAAAUGGCUGGCACGUCCGGUGCCAGUCAAGUAAGUUCUACCACGUCCUGCCCGAGCUCGAGGCCACCAGCGGCAAGCUGCAGGCGUUGCGGCGGUUUGUGGCCUUGUGGGAGCCGACGCGGAGCUCCGACGGGCAUCCCGAGAGCCUCGUCGUCAUCAGCGAAUUCGCGUUUGUGUGUCAUGUGAUCGAAUGCUUUCUCACAAAGAUGGGUAUUUCUUGCGUCUGGCUGCAUGCCGAUGUGAAUAGCAAGACCAGGCAGGAGCUGGUCGACGCAUUCCAGGAUCCCCAGGCCAAUCCUCGCAUCCCCCCCUUCCGCGUCAUGAUAGGCACGUCCCAAGUCCUCGGCCAGGGUCUCACCUUGACUCGGGCUCACCGCGGAAUCCUCGUGGAACCUAGCCACCACGCUGCGGUCGAGGCACAGAAUGCGGAUCGAACACAUCGACUGGGCAGUCGGACCGACAAGUGUCGCUUCUACCGCCUUGUCAAUCCCGCAUCCCGGAUCGAGCGGUUUCUCAUCGAGUCCCAAGUUUUGCAGCGCGACUUGCAGAACAGCGUCGAAUGGAUGGAGGCUCUGUCCGCUUCCCCUCUCGAGCCAGAUGACCAGGGGUCCGGGACUGUAACGAGGAGUGCCCUGGAGUUUUCAGGUCAUGGUCGAUGUUUCAUUGUGCUCAGAGGAAACAUGCUGGUGUACAUCGCCGCGAUGCUGGAUGCAGGAACCUUAAAUGCGUGCUGGGGCAUCGGUGUGGUGCUAUGGCUGAAAGAGUUCCUCUGUACCAUCUCACGAAGCAAUCAAGACCACUCGGCGCUCUGCGUGUGCAUGACGCUGUUCCGCGAAGUAAAAGAGGAUGUCUAG